AUGUCUCACAACGAACACCUUUCUCCCGACACUCAACCGACAGCUGGAUCACAGUCAGAAUAUGGGGUAGCGCUAUCUGAGCCCCAGGCCCCGCAGUCACAGUCGGCGGAUAUUUCACCAUCUAAAGGGACAGACACGGCCCGUUUGGCCGCGACCGAAGCGAUGUCCGAUUCAACUCCACUCACAGCUUGGGAGCGCUGGGCCGUUGGUGCCUCAGAAUCCCAAUUCAAUGCCCUGUCAGGCGCCGUCGGCGGCUUCACAUCAGGCAUUGUCACUUGCCCGCUCGACGUCAUCAAAACCAAGCUGCAGGCUCAAGGCGGCUUUGCGUCGCAAUUACCUGCUGGGCACACGAGGGUGUACAAGGGAUUGUUUGGGACAGCAAGUGUGAUAUGGAACCAAGAGGGGCUCCGGGGCAUGUACAGAGGCUUGGGCCCCAUUAUCAUGGGUUAUUUGCCCACCUGGGCAGUAUGGUUCACGGUCUAUAACAAGUCCAAGAGGUUCCUCGGGGAGUACCACGAUAACAGCUUCGUCGUCAACUUCUGGUCAUCGGUAGUAGCGGGCGGUAGUAGCACUAUUGUCACAAACCCGAUUUGGGUUAUCAAGACCCGCCUGAUGUCACAGUCGACGAGCCACGACAGGGCGCGGUUCUCGCUGUUUCCAAAGGGCGCCAACACCCCAACAUCACGGCCAACGCUGCACCAGCCGUGGCACUACAAGUCAACAUGGGAUGCAGCACGCAAAAUGUACACGACAGAGGGCAUCCUCUCGUUCUACUCCGGGUUGACACCAGCACUUCUCGGGUUAACCCAUGUUGCCGUACAAUUCCCAGCCUAUGAGUUCCUUAAGCUCAAAUUUACGGGGAGGGAGAUGGGUGCGGCACCCGUCCCAGGCGAGGACGAGAAGGCGCACUGGUUCGGUAUCUUGUCUGCGUCGAUAAUGUCGAAGAUCCUUGCGAGCAGCGCUACUUACCCGCACGAAGUGAUUCGAACACGACUACAAACGCAACGGCGACCAAUGCCAGGAUACGAGUACAUGCAGGGCCUCGGCGGUACACAGGCGGGGACUAACGGGUCCGCCCAACCGCCAAACGCUGGGCCGAAGUACAAGGGUAUUGUCUCCACGGUCCGAACCAUGCUUCGAGAGGAAGGCUGGAGGGCAUUUUAUGCGGGACUGGGCACAAACAUGACACGUGCCGUGCCGGCUGCCACUGUGACCAUGCUCACGUACGAAUACACGAUGAGCAACCUCAACCGUAUGAGGACAACUGGGAAAGCGAAGAUGCAGCAGGAGCAGUCGGAGCGAAGGGAGUUUUCGGGGGUGUAG